AUGCCAGGUGAGGGAGGUAGUGGGUCACCUGAACUUGAUGAAGGAUUUGAUGUGGGAAUGGGGAAGGGUAUAAAGUGUGAAUGUAUUUUGGCCUUCACCAAGCUUUUCGUCUCACUCAAAACCAGCCUACAGGAGUCAGCGGAGACAACUGUGAUGGUGGUUACCAUCCAUGCUGGACCCCCUGACGGUUUGCUGAAAGGCACAGAAUGUGACUGUCUCAGCUCCUUGCCCAUGAAGCUCCUUGCCCAUGAAGACGCUUCUAAAAGGAGAGCUAUGAACUUCAGUGAAAGACAUCAGAAAUUAGUAGAUGUAAACUACUGCAAGAAAUUGCAUGUCCAAUCACUAAGAAAGAUACAGAAUCAAGUCAGGGACCAAAUGGUGCAGAACGAAAAUGAUGACCGUGUGGAGCGCAGGAGAUUCCUCAGAUUAUUACAGAAUGAACAAUUUGAGUUGGAUAUGGAAGAGGCCAUUCAAAAGGCAGAAGAAAACAAAAGAUUGAGGGAACUUCAGAUUGAACAAGAAGAAAAAUUGGCUAUGGAAUUGGCCAAACUAAAACAUGAAAGUCUAAAGGAUGAAAAGAUGAGGCAACAAGUAAGAGAAAACAGUAUUGAGCUCAGAGAAUUGGAGAAGAAAUUAAAAGCAGCUUACAUGAAUAAAGAAAGGGCAGCUCAGAUUGCAGAGAAGGAUGCCAUUAAACAUGAGCAAAUGAAACGUGAUGCUGAAAUAGCCAAAAUCAUGAUGGAAGAACACGAGAGAGCAAUAAAGGAAGAGAAUGCUGCAGAGAACAAACGGAAUAAAGUAAAAGCACAGUAUUAUCUUGACUUGGAGAAACAACUUGAGGAACAAGAAAGGAAAAAGCAGGAAGCUUAUGAGCAGUUACUGAAAGAGAAACUCAUGAUUGAUGAAAUUGUUAGGAAAAUCUAUGAAGAAGAUCAAUUGGAAAGACAACAAAAGUUAGAAAAAAUGAAUGUAACUCGAAGGUACAUAGAAGAGUUUCAGAAAGAGCAGGCUCUCUGGAGAAAAAAGAAACGUGAGGAGAUGGAAGAAGAAAACAGAAAAAUCAUAGAGUUUGCCAACAUGCAGCAACAAAGAGAAGAAGAUCGAAUGGCAAAAGUUCAAGAAAAUGAGGAAAAAAGGCUGCAGCUUCAGAAUAUGCUGACUCAGAAAUUGGAAGAAAUGCUGCGGCAACGUGAAGAUUUGGAACAAGUGAGACAAGAAUUAUACCAGGAAGAACAAGCUGAAAUACAUAAGAUGAAACUAAAAGAGGAAGCAGAAGAGAAAUUAAGAAAGCAAAAGGAGUUGAAACAAGAUUUUCUAGAACAAAUGGCCCUGAAGGAACUAGUACUCCAGGCUGCAAAAGAGGAAGAGGAGACCUUUAGAAAAGCUACGCUAGCUAAGCUUGCUGAGGAUGAUCGAAUAGAACUGCUGAAUGCUCAGAAGCAAAGAAUGAAGCAGCUAGAACACAGGAGGGCUGUGGAAAAGCUUAUCGAAGAGCGUCGCAACCAGUUCCUUGCAGACAAACAACGUGAACUGGAAGAAUGGCAGUUGCAGCAAAGACGACAAGGAUGUAUUAAUGCAAUUAUUGAAGAAGAAAGACUAAAACUUCUCAAAGAACAUGCUACAAAAUUACUAGGAUAUCUUCCUAAAGGAGUAUUUAAAAAGGAGGAUGAUAUCGAUAUGCUUGGUGAAGAGUUUAGAAAAGUAUAUCAGAAAAGGAGUGAAAUUUGUGAAGAGAAGUGA